UGCCCCUUGGGGACACAUCCAGCACAUCCUGACUGUGCCAGCACCCUGUGAAGGGCCAGUGACACCAGCAUGUCCCAGGAAGGAGGAGCUGAGGAGGCCUUUGAGCACUGUGACGUGGUCAUCAACACCCAGGACAAGGUCUCGGAUGUGUACACGCAGCUGGAGAAGCUGGGAGAGGGGAAGUUCGGGAAGGUGUACCGGCUGCAGGAAAAAGCCUCCGGUAAAAUCCGGGCUGGGAAGUAUUUCCGGACGCGGACGGGCAAGGAGAGGGAGGCGGCGCGGGCAGAGGUGGAGCUGAUGAACCUGCUGCAGCACCCCCGCCUGGUGCAGUGCCUCGCCGCCUUCCAGGGCCCCGCAGAGCUCGUCAUGGUGAUGGAGUACGUGGCAGGGGGGGAGCUCUUCGAGCGCAUCGUGGACGACGACUUCGAGCACACGGAGCCCAGCAGCGCCCAGUACGUGCGGCAGAUCCUGGAGGGGCUGCAGUUCAUGCACGGCAGGGCCAUCGUCCACCUCGACCUGAAGCCCGAGAACAUCGUCUGCGUCAGCCCCGACAGCCACCGCAUCAAGAUCAUCGACUUUGGCCUGGCACGGAAGCUGGCUCCAGACACCCCCGUGAAGGUGUUACACGGCACCCCUGAGUUCAUGGCCCCAGAAGUGGUGGCCUUCGAGCCCGUGAGCUUCUCCACGGACAUGUGGAGUGUUGGUGUCAUCUGCUACAUCCUGCUGAGUGGGGAGUCCCCCUUCCAGGGGGACACGGACAUGGAGACGCUGAGCAACAUCACGGCUGCCCGGUGGGACUUCGAGGAGGAGACCUUCUCCGAGAUCUCCCCCCAGGCCAAGGACUUCAUCAGCCAGCUGCUGCAGAAGGACCCCCGGCACCGGCUGUCCAGUGCAGGGGCUCUGCUGCACCCCUGGCUGCAGCACCCCCAGCCCAGCAGCUCCAAGGUGCUGUCCAAGGACAGGAUCAGGCAGUUCCUGACGCGGCGCAAGUGGCAGAAAACAGGGAAAGCCCUGCUGGCCCUCAACAGGCUGACCCUGCUGUCCCAGAGCCUGGAGAGGAAGGUGUCAGAGGCUCAGGAUGAGGAAGGCCUGGGCUGCAGCCCCCAAGAGGAACAACCCUUCACAGCUCUGCCCACACAAGGUCCUGGUUCCUCAGAGCUGCUGACAGACCAAGAGCAGGAGGAGGGGGGGAGCACUGCAGCCCCAGGGGAGACAGAGAGCAGUGACAGCAUGGCCGUGUCACCCUCCUCCUGGACCACCUAGAGCAGCUGAGGAGAGAG